AUGUCGGACGUGGACUUAGAUGACGAGCUUCUUGCUCUUGCUGGAGACGAGGAGCACAAGGAGUCUAAGAAGCGUAAAUCGGCGAAGCAAGGUUCCUCGAGCAAGAUGAAGCGCCGUAGGGCUGAAGAUGAGUCGGACGAAGAGUCCCCCGCUGGCAACAAAGAGACGGGCCCGAGUUGGCAGGAAAUGUUGGCCGCAUAUGAACGGAAAUAUCCUCUCGAGGGACUAUACGUGGAUGACGAAGAGCGCGACCGUCUACUUCAAAUGACUGAAUUUGAGCGCGAGGACAUCCUUACGCAGCGGCGUGAUGAGAAGCAAAAGAUCGACGACAAGCGUCAAUUAGAGAGCAUUCUUGCAACACGAGGUGGCCCCAAAGAUAGCGUAUCUCAAGCGGCCAAACGUGAACAUGGGAUCCGUGGUGCGACCAAGGAGAAGACGAAACAGUUGGAGAACCUGCGAGCGAAGAGGACAGAGCGCGCAGAGAAGCGGGCGCGCGGUGGUUCGCCGGGCCGAGAUAGGUCAUCUUCUCCUAUGGAGAUGGAGACGGACGAAGAGGAUGAGGACGGUCAGAUUGGGAGGGACGAGCAGGACGACGAGCGUCUACGGAGGUUAUCUGGCGGUUACACCAAGUCGUCCAAGGACGAGCCAAUUGAGAAGGAGGAUCUGAACAGGAUACAACUUACUCGGGAUCGCAUAGCGAAGUAUUACCUGGCGCCGUGGUUCAAGGACUACGUCAAGGGGAUGUGGGUCCGGUAUCUCAUCGGAAACGAGGAUGGUCGACCAGUUUACCGCGCAUGCGAAGUACUCUCGCUGUCCGACGAGAAGGUGAAACCCUAUCCUGUAAACGACGUCAUGGUCGACCAGGAGUUCGAGCUACGACACGGUCAAGCCUGCAAGUUUUGGCCUAUGGACAAAACGUCUAACGCCGAAUUCACCGAUCGCGAGUUCGACCGCAUUGUGAAGGUGUGCAAGGCCGACGGUAUCCCGUUCCCUGGUAAAGACGCUUGCGAGAAGAAACUGAAGGAGAUGGAUGCAUUCUACCAGAAACGCCACACCGAGAAAGAUGUUGACGCGAUACUCCAACGCAAACGGGAUCUCUCUGGUGGACUCACAAUACAGGAAGAACGCAUACGGCGCGCAGAAUUGCAACAGGCGAGGAACCAUGCUGUCAAGUAUGGCGACCACGCUGAGGUCCAGAGGGUCGACGAACAGCUGGCUGCAUUGGGUGUCAAUGCGCAGCCUACGACGCCCGCUCCAGCUGAUGAUCCAGCCGCGCGCUGGGCGAAAGUCAACGAGCGGAAUCGGAAGGCCAAUCUGGAAGCCGUACGCAAGAUUGAGCACGCGGAGGCCGAGCGCAAGAGGAAAGAACGCGAGCAACGUCGGCUUGCAGCUGCUUCAAGAACUGCGACACCCUUACCACCUGGCACGCCGGACACCUCCAUCGCGAAACCCGUCUCUGAUUCGAAGGGCAAAGACUUCGAGGCGAGCGUCCUUGAGAGUAUAGAGAUUGACCUUGGUGAUUUCUGA